AUGUCAACGAUCAAUGAUCAUUUGGCUCCUGCAUCAAGAUCACCUUCACCACGAGGUCGUCGUAUUUCAAGAUCACCGUCACCACGUCGUAGUUUAAGGUCAUACAGUCGAUCACGCUCUCGAACACCAUUGUCGUCUCGUAGUCGCUCUCGGUCUUAUUCCAUCGACAGUCGUCGUUCGUAUUCGUCCAGAAGCCGAUCAUAUUCGUCACGCUCAAGAAGUCCUUCACCACGACGAAGAGGAAGAUAUUCUGAAGAAAGACGAGGUCGUUCCCCUUCACCACGUUAUCGUCGUCGUCGUUCUAUUCCAUCUCCUUCUCCUCCUCCUGUGAAACCCAACCGACUGAUUGUUACCAAUCUCACGCGAAAUGUCAUCAAAGGUCAUUUGGAAGAAAUAUUUGGUGUAUAUGGUAAACUUGUAGAGGUUGAUUUUCCAAAAAAUCGUAAAUUCAACACAAACACUGGUAGGGCAUUUGUUGAAUUUGAAACCACAGAAGACGCUGAAAAGGCAAUUUGUCAUAUGGAUGGUGGACAAUUGGAUGGUCAAGUAUUAAGUGUAGCUGUAGCUUCUCCUCGACCUGUGAAAAAACGUCGACAAGUUGGUCGAUAUAGAUCACCUCCUCGUUAUCGUCGUGAUUUUGGUGGUCGCCGGGGACGUGAUUCUUACGUUGGUAGUGGGAGAAGAUAUGGCCGGUCAAGAACAAGAUCUCCUACUCCUCCUCCUCGUCGUGGUAGGGGUAGAAGAUAUUCAAGAAGUCGAUCACCUUAUAGUCGAAGUCGAAGCUAUAGUAGAAGUUAUAGUCGUAGCUAUAGUCGAAGUCCAGUACGUCGCUAGUAGUUUAGUUGGUUAAGUGAGUUGGUUAUUUAGUUUUUUUUAUUUUUAUUUUUAUUUUUUGCCUUCUAUAUUAAUUAAUUCUAUCAAACUCGACUUAUUACAUAUCAAAUAAAAGAAAACAGAUGAUUUAACUU